UUUCCAAUUUUCUUUCUCCAUUAAAUAAAAAACACAAUCACUCAGCUCUCCUCCUCCUACCCCCAGCUCUCUCUCUAAAACCCUCUCCUAUUCCUCUUCAAAAGACUCAGAUCUGAAGCUUACGCCAUUAUUAACUCCACUCUCUAGUUUUCCAUUCCUGGAUUUGUGGUGGAGUUGAUAUAGUUAAUUAAUUAAUGGCAAAGUCGCGGCAACAUUAUUCAACACACGAUGCAGCUCUUUCACCCACUGGUGUAAGAUCGAGGGAAUGGGAGGGUCCAUCGAGAUGGACUGAGUAUUUGGGUCCUGAUUUGAGUUCGCCAAUGGCAUCGAGGUUGUCUAGGAAUAAGGUAGGUUCGGAUGGACAGGUUCAGAGUUCAGGUGGUGGAUCUCAUAAGGGUUUGAAUUUGCAAUGGGUAGUUCAACUUACUGAAGUAGCUGAAGGUCUUAUGGCGAAAAUGUAUAGAUUGAAUCAAAUUUUGGAUUUCCCGGAUCCAGUUGGUCACUUGUUUUCAGAAUCGUUUUGGAAAGCGGGCGUGUUCCCGAAUUAUCCGAGGAUUUGCUUAUUGCUUUCUAAAAAGUUUCCGGAGCAUUUCAGUAAAUUGCAGCUUGAAAGGGUUGACAAGGUUGCUUUGGAUGCUUUGAAUGAUGGUGCAGAAGUUCAUUUGCAGAGUUUAGAGCCUUGGGUUCAGUUACUUCUUGAUCUGAUGGCAUUCCGAGAACAAGCUCUGCGACUCAUAUUGGAUUUAAGUAGUACUGUUAUUACCUUGUUGCCUCAUCAGAACUCGCUUAUACUGCAUGCAUUUAUGGAUCUCUUUUGUUCCUUUGUCCGUGUUAAUCUUUUAUCUGAGAAGAUACCAAGGAAAAUGAUGUUGCAAAUGUACAACCUUCUGCAUGCCAUGUCAAGAAAUGACAGAGACUGUGAUUUCUAUCAUCGGUUGGUUCAAUUUAUAGAUUCUUAUGAUCCACCAUUGAAAGGGUUACAAGAAGAUCUAAAUUUUGUCAGUCCACGUAUUGGAGAGGUUUUAGAGGCUGUAGGCCCUAUCGUUUUCCUAUCUACAGAUACAAGGAAACUCAGAAAUGAGGAAAUCAUACUUGUGUUUGCUUUUGGUUUGAUUGCUCAAGUAUUUUGGAGCUUAACUUUCAUUAUUUAUCUCCAGGUUUUAGAGGCUGUAGGCCCUAUCAUUUUCCUAUCUACAGAUACAAGGAAACUCAGAAAUGAGGGAUUCCUAAGUCCAUAUCACCCUCGGUAUCCAGAUAUACUAACAAAUUCUGCUCAUCCUAUGAGAGCCCAAGACCUAGCAAAUGUUACUUCUUACAGGGAAUGGGUGUUACUUGGAUAUCUUGUUUGUCCCAAUGAGCUGCUUCGUGUCACUAGCAUUGAUAUUGCUCUGGUUGUACUGAAGGAAAAUUUGAUACUUGCAGUAUUCAGGGAUGAGUAUGUACUAUUGCACGAGGAUUAUCAGUUAUAUGUUUUGCCUCAAAUAUUAGAGUCGAAGAAGAUGGCCAAAUCUGGGCGCACUAAGCAAAAAGAGGCAGAUCUCGAGUACAGUGUGGCAAAGCAGGUUGAAAAAAUGAUAAGUGAAGUCCACGAGCAAGCACUUCUAUCUUGUGAUGCCAUUCACCAUGAGAGGAGAAUAUUAUUAAAACAGGAAAUUGGAAGAAUGGUACUGUUUUUUACUGACCAGCCAAGUUUAUUGGCACCAAACAUCCAGAUGGUAUUCUCUGCCCUGGCUUUGGCACAGUCUGAGGUUAUCUGGUAUUUCCAACAUGUAGGAAUUGCAUCAUCAAAAUCUAAAGCUUCUCGAGCAGUACCAGUUGACAUAGAUCCAAAUGAUCCUACUAUUGGCUUUUUACUUGAUGGAAUGGAUCAUCUAUGCUGUCUUGUGCGGAAGUAUAUUGCAGCUAUCAGAGGCUAUGCAUUAUCAUACCUGUCUUCAUGUGCUGGUAGAAUCCGGUUUUUGCUGGGAACUCCAGGAAUGGUGGCUCUUGACCUUGAUGCUAGCUUAAAAGGGCUUUUUCAGCAGAUUGUUAAGCAUUUGGAAAACAUACCAAAACUGCAGGGUGAAAAUAUUUCCGCCAUCACAUGUGAUUUAUCUCAGGAGUUUCGUAAAGAUUGGUUGUCAAUAUUGAUGAUUGUAACAUCCUCUAGAUCAUCCAUAAACAUAAGACACCUGGAGAAAGCUACUGUAUCCACUGGAAAAGAAGGAUUACUGUCAGAAGGAAAUGCUGCAUACAAUUGGUCCAGAUGUGUUGAUGAACUAGAAUCUCAAUUAUCAAAGCAUGGAAGUCUAAAGAAGCUGUAUUUCUAUCACCAGCAUCUUACAGCAGUCUUUCGGAAUACCAUGUUUGGACCAGAAGGGCGUCCUCAACAUUGCUGUGCAUGGCUUGGUGUUGCUAGUAGCUUUCCAGAGUGUGCUUCUCCAAUUGUUCCGGAAGAGGUAACUAAAAUUGGGCGUGAUGCAGUCCUAUAUGUUGAGUCUCUUAUUGAAUCUAUCAUGGGAGGAUUGGAGGGAUUGAUCAAUAUUCUUGAUUCUGAAGGAGGAUUUGGUGCCUUAGAGACUCAGCUUCUUCCAGAGCAGGCAGCUUUUUAUUUGAAUAACACAUCCAGAGUUUCAAUUCCUACAUCAAAAUCUCCCAGGGGAGCAGUUAGUUUUCCAUUGCCCGGCCAUGAGAGUUAUCCUGAAAACAAUAGUGCUAUAAAAAUGUUGGAAGCUGCGAUGCAAAGGUUGACCAACUUGUGUUCAGUUCUGAAUGAUAUGGAGCCUAUAUGUGUUCUAAACCAUGUCUUUGUUCUGAGGGAGUACAUGAGAGAGGGCAUACUUGGCAACUUCAGGAGGAGAUUGCUUUCAGUGUUAAAAACUGACAAUGAUCUUCAACGGCCUUCUGUCCUAGAGUCCUUGAUUCACAGGCACCUGAGCAUUGUCCAUCUAGCAGAGCAACACAUCAGCAUGGACCUUACUCAUGGAAUUCGAGAAGUUCUACUAACUGAGGCCUUCUCAGGACCUGUGUCUUCUCUGCAAUUGUUUGAAAAACCAGCAGAGCAGCUUACUGGGUCAGCCACUGAAGUUGUCUGCAACUGGUAUAUAGAUAACAUUGUCAAAGAUGUAUCAGGUGCUGGGAUCCUUUUUACACCAAUCCACAAAUGCUUUAAAAGCACAAGGCCUGUCGGUGGAUAUUUUGCGGAAUCAGUCACUGAUCUCAGAGAACUACAAGCCUUUGUUCGUGUAUUUGGUGGCUAUGGAGUUGACAGGCUAGACAGAAUGAUGAAAGAGCACACAGCAGCCCUAUUGAAUUGCAUUGACACAUCAUUACGGUCAAACCGUGAAGUGUUAGAGGCUGUUGCAGGCAGCAUGCAUUCUGGUGACAGAAUAGAAAGAGAGGCAUGCUCGAGGCAGAUGGUGGACUUGGACACAGUGAUUGGAUUUUGUGUUGAGGGAGGACAAGCACUUGCUUUUGAUCAGCUUCUUGCUGAAGCUGCUGGGGUCGUGCUUGAUGAAGGUGCACCAUUGAUAUAUUCAUUACUUUCUGGGGUGGUUAAGCAUAUACCUGAAGAAAUACCUGAAAAGAAGGACAUCAGAAGAAUAAGAGGGGUGGCAAACAGUGUUAAUAUAGUUGGAGAUCAUGAUUCUGAAUGGAUCAGAUCAAUUUUGGAAGAUGUUGGGGGUGCAAAUGAUGGUUCUUGGACAUUGUUGCCUUAUUUAUUUGCCACCUUCAUGACAUCAAAUAUAUGGAAUACUACUGGCUUCAAUGUUGACACUGGGGGCUUCAACAAUAAUAUCCAUUGUCUGGCAAGGUGCAUGAGUGCUGUGAUUGCAGGAAGUGAGUUAGUGAGAUUGGAACGUGAACAUCAGCAGAGACAGUCUCUCUCUAAUGGUCAUCUUGGUGAGGCUUUGGAUCCUGAAAUACAUAGCCGUUUGUCUGCUGAAGCAAGUAUAAAGUCUGCAAUGCAACUUUUUGUCAAAUUUGCUUCUGGUAUUGUGUUAGAUUCUUGGAGUGAAGCUAAUAGAUCUCAUCUUGUUGCAAAGCUGAUUUUCUUGGACCAACUUUGUGAGAUCUCACCUUACCUUCCAAGAAGCUCCCUAGAAGCCUAUGUUCCUUACGCAAUUCUCCGUUCAGUUUAUAGCCAGUACUACAUGAAAUCUCCAUCCAUGCCUCUGGCACUACUAAGUGUCUCACCCCACCAUUCACCUGCCAUAUCACUAUCUCACGCCUCUCCUGCAGCAAAGCAUCCUCGUGGGGACUCAACUCCACAGCAUAGCGGCAACGAAUCAGGUUUUUUUAAGGGAUCAUCAUCCCAUAGCCAGGAACACCUUUAUGAUAUGGAUAGUGGAAGCCUGCGCGGCACAGAUGGUAAACAUCGAAAUGUUCGCCGCUCCGGGCCUUUGGAUUAUAGUUCAAGCAGAAAAGUUAAAUUUGUUGAAGGCUCAACUUCAGGGAGCACAGGUCCGAGUCCACUACCGCGGUUUGCCGUGUCAAGAUCUGGGCCGUUAAUGUACAAGUAGAAAACGGUAAACAAUUGCAGGGUCAUGAGGGUUGAUAAAUUAUGAGCAUCUCAUCAAUCAUCAGUUAUAUAUAAUUGUUAAUCUAGCAGACAAGGUUGGCAUUAUGUAAAUGUCAUAAAUUCUUUGUUUUUAUCUUCUUCGUAGCCGUACUGCCCCUAAUCAUAUAAAUUAAUGUCUUCUGUGAGAGUUCAACGUGGUUAGUUUGAUUUCUUAGAGGCAAGUCAGUUAUCUUCAAGAUAUAAAUAAGACUGUUUGGGAUUAGUGGGAGGGAGAAUGAAUGAAGUAACAAUUUCUGUAUCAA